AUGAGUCAGCAAAGAGUAGAGACAAGUAACAGUGAUCCUGAAUUUGAGGGAUAUAAAUACAAAUCCUAUGAGGAACUAAGAGAUGGUCGGGUCAAUGUUAAGUUUGCAGAAAAUAUUUUUAGAUGUCCUUAUUGUCGUGAUGGCCGAGACUAUACUUAUCCGGACCUCCUUAGGCAUGCAUCUUGGAUAGCAAUAAACAGCACCGAGUUAAAAGAGAAGGCCAGACAUAUGGGAUUGGAGGAGUAUUUAGAGAUAGACCUUCAUGUUCAACUUUUGUCAGAGGAAAAAAGCAAAAAAAGUGAAGAAAUCCGCCGCUGGGGAGAUUCUCAUAUGGCGACUGUUAUGGAUCUCAGAGAAGCGAUGAUUGUAAAAUUCAAUUCAGAUGUCAAAAUGAUGCAAGUGAAGGCAAAUGAGCAGCUUAAAAAGAUUACCCUUGAGUAUGAACAGAGCAUACUACUGCUGGAAGAUCGUGAAAGGGAACUGAGAGAUCGUGAAAGGAGACUGAGGACACGUGAAGCUAUAAACGAAAGUGAGAAAAUGGAGCUUGACAAUGACAAGAUAAUGAAUGAAUUAUUGAUUUUGGAGCAGAAGAAGGCGCAUGAAAGAGUGUUGAAGUUGGCUGACGAUCAGAAGAGAGAAAAACUUAAACUUCAACACCGAAUCAUCAAGCUUCAGAAAAAUCUUGAUGAUAAGGGACGGUUGGAACUGGAGAUCAACCGGAUGAAGGGAGCCAUAGAAGUAAGAGAACGCAUUAUUGAUGAGGAUUUUCAUGCGAGAAAGAAGUUGGAGUUGCUUGAAGAAGAUCUCAAGAAAAAAGAAGGGGAACUUGAGGGAUUGGAAGAGCUUAAUCAAGCCUUGAUAAUUAAAGAGCGAUUGACCAACAGUGAUUUGCAGGAAGCUCGUAAAGAAUUGAUUUUAGCGUUGAAAGAUAAUAAUGCUCGUGCGCGCAUUGGUUUGAAGAGAAUGGGCGAGCUUGAUGAAAAACCUUUCCUCGCUGCUGCCAAGAAAUAUCGUUCUGUUAAAGCCAUCAAGAGUUCAUCUUUGUGGGAGGAACGUCUUAGGGAUCCAAGCUGGCAUCCCUUUAAGAUCAUCACCAUUAAUGGGGAUAGCAAGGAGAUCCUGGAUGAAGAAGAUGAUCAUAUCACAAGCCUUAAGGACGAGUGUGAUGAGGAUGUUUGUAAUGCUGUUGUGACUGCUCUGAAAGAGCUGAAUGAAUACAAUCCAGCAGGCAGAUAUCCGGUUGCAGAACUUUGGCACAACAAGGAGAAAAGGAAGGCGACCUUAAAAGAGGGGUUAGAAUACCUUCUGAAGCAAUGGAAGAAGCAUACACAACACGGAAGGGGUUGA